AUGUCGGGUCAAGGAAUCAUAGAUGCGGAAUCUCCAUUCAAAAUAGCCGAAAUGGCUGCAUUGCAAGGCACUUGGGAUGGAGAAAAAAGAGAGGUUUCCGUUCACUCAGUCAACCUCAAACAGCUAGACAACGGUGCGAAGAUACCACCGUCGGGUUGGAAGUGUGAAAAAUGUGACCUCACUACCAAUUUGUGGCUAAAUCUAACAGAUGGAUCUAUUCUGUGUGGCCGAAGAUUCUAG